AUGAGUGGAUCUGUUCCUAUGGAUGUGGAUACUACAGUUGUUGAGACUAAGAAGGAUUCUUCAACGGCUUCUUCACAGUUGACUAAUACUACACCUCUUCAUGCUCCGAAAAAUGUAGAAGAAAUGACUGUUCAAGAGGAGAAAGAACAUCAUCGUAGAAAAGGAGAGGAAGAAUAUAUCAAAAGUCUUCAAUCAAAGAUUGAUAUUCUAAUUACAAAGCUUCAAAGAGCUCAAGAAUAUAAGAAUAAUGAAGUGGAGCGUCUCAAUAAACGUCGAAAAGUUUACGAUAACAAAAUAAAGGUAAAAGAUGAUCGUAAAAAUACUGGUAGUAAUAUUCGUAAGCGUCAACGUGAUGAGACAGAUGAAAAAGAACAGGUUCUCGAAGCUCUAAGAGCAAGAAAGAAGACACAAAAGGAAUUAAAGGAUAUACAAAUUCCUACUAAUAAAGACUAA